AUGACCGGCGCCAUUGGCCUGGUGGAACCGGGCGUCGGCACGGCUCUGCCCAGCGAUACGACAUGGACGAGCUUCCAGGCCGCGCUCGACUCGUAUCGCGCCUCGAUCGGCAUAUCGACCUCGGCCAACGUGAUCUCCGUGGCUGGCGGUGGACAGGAGUAUCCGACGCCCAGUUCGCCCACCGCCUUCAAUCCCGCCGGCGAACGCUCGCUGGACGUCGGCGUCGUGACGGCCAUCAAUCCGCAGAGCACUCUGGUCGUCUAUGCCGGCUCGGGAACGGCCAACGGAGCGCAUGGCAACGGCUUCACCGCCUACCAGUCGGCCUUCUGGGACACGAUCAACAAUCCCGCGGUCAUCACCUCGUCGUUCAACUAUGCGUCGCUGUCGGCGCCCGGUUCGCCUUUCCUGAUCGCGUCGAACGGGCUCUAUGUCGACGCCGCGCUGCGCAACAUCUCGACCUCGGCGAUGGCAGAUGCCACGGUGACCGUACACACAGGCACCGACUCUACCGACGCCAGCAGUGUGGCCCAUGCGGCCUUUGCUUGGACCAGCCAGCUCGCGCAGCAAUCGUUGCAGGCGGAUUUCGACCCCGCCCUGCUGGCCCUGUUCGACGGCCAGACGCAGGGAACGCUGACCCAGGCGAUCGUGUCGGACGGCGACAGCCUGUCGGUCACGUUCAAUGGCAACAGCACGCUCGCCGCACAGGCCAAUCUCAGCGCCGCGUUCGGCUUUGCGGAUUUUUAUGCCGGCGGCGGCGACUCGGUGCGCCUUGCGCAGUCUGUCUCGGUGGCGGAGACCGCGAACGGCGCCGACGACGUGAACGUCGUGGUGCGCAUGCGCCAGGUCGCCGGCGCCGACCUCUCGCUGAUGCUCUACAAGGUCGACGACUACAACGGCACGAUCGGCGGCGUGGCGCCCGGCCAGGCGGGCUACGCCGCGCUUGCCACCGGCAACGCCUAUACCGUCCAGGGCGGCGGCACGACCAUCGCCGGCCCCGGCGACGGCAAUGCCGGGCAGGCGCAGAUCACCGGCGUCGAUGCCGGCGACCUGAUCGCCAUGCAGCUCACCAACGUCACCAACGGCGACACCUUCUGGGCCUUCAGCCAGGCCAACGAAGUGCCAGCAAUCGGCUGCGAGCGAGAGCGACUACGGCACGAUGCUGAAGAGCUCGCUGGCGAGCAUCGGCGGCAGCCAGAGUUCCGACCUGCCCCGGGCCAUCGACCGGGUAUCCGGCGCCGACCUGAUCGUGAUGAACUCGGUCGGCUACACCGGCGGGAUCGCCCAGCAGGUCGCCCGUACCAGCGGCAAGCCCGUGGUCACGGCUUGCCGGAUCAUCGGCAGCACCGCGCGCCUGCGGCUCUCCGAGAUUGCGGGCAAGCCGCUCGACCUUCAGGCCGCGACCUACACGGGCGCCGAACUUCUGGCGCGGCUUCCGAGGGCGUCCGUCGAAUCGUUGACCCGACGGGAGACGGAAGUGCUGGUGCAGGUGCUGGAGGGCGCCGCCAACAAGUUCAUCGGCCGCGCGCUGGGGAUCAGCCAUCGCACCGUCGAGAUCCACCGCGCCCGUGCGAUGCUGAAGCUGGGCGCCUCCUCGACGCCCGAACUGAUCCGCCGGGCCCUGAGGCACUCCGACCCGGCACAGGCCGCACCGUCGCUCUGGAUCGACGCCCACACGCAUGCCUUCGUGCGAGGCCUGAAGCUCGCCGUCGAUGCCCGCUAUGCGCCCGACUACGAUGCCUCCUGGCAGACGCUGCUGGCACUCGCGGAGGCCAACGGCGUCGGUCGCGCGGUGCUGCUGCAACCCUCUUUCCUGGGCUACGACAAUUCCUACCUGUUCGGCGCGCUGAAGGCCGAGCCGCAACGCUUUCGCGGCGUGCCAUGGAUCUCGCCCUCGGUCGAGACGAAGCCCGGGGACUGGGAGGAGAUGGCGCGGAUCGGCGUGCGCGGGCUCCGUUUCCCGAUCUUCGGCCUGCCGACGCCGCAAUGGUCGGCCUACGGCGACAUGCUGGGCGAGGCGCUGAAACGCGACUGGCCGAUCCAUCUCUAUGUCGAGAGCAGGCGCCUGCCCGAGAUACUGCCGGUCCUGCUCGACGGCGGCCACAAGGUGGUGAUCCCCCACUACGGCAUGUUCGACCGCACGCUGGGCCCGGCGCGCGAUCCCGGCUUCAAGGUCCUGCUGGAGAGUGCGAAGACCGGCCGCGUCUUCGUCGUGCUGAGCGGCGCCUAUCGCGUCGGGCCCGAACGCGCGCGCCAGGCGGCGCCGAUGCUGCUCGACGCUUUCGGCCCCGAGCGCCUGAUGUGGGCCAGCGACUGGCCGCACACCGACACCGGCCUCAACCGCGUCACGACCUAUCCGACCACUCUGAAGACGUUCGAGGACUGGGUGCCUAA